UCGUUUUGUAGUUGAUGAUCGAUGUAAUUGGAACUAUCGAUGGCCCGAGCAUAACCGUCCAGCGACACGUGCGUUCAGGAGAGUUUUGACUGUGAUGUCGACGGAAAUCACAAACGGCAACGAAUUGUGUCGCCUGUCGCUGGAAAGGAGCGAGACAUUCCAGUGCCUCAUGACCGAGGUCGGCAGACAGCGGUUGGACGAGUUCAUGGCAGACGAGAAAUGUCAAAAUCGAUCAAAAAGAAAAUCGAUAUUCAAAGAAUGGCUGGACACCGACGACUGGGAACCUCCUUUAGAAUUGCUGUGGAAGCUGAAUGAAGAAGAAAUGUUGUUCGUUACAACAUAUUUUUACUUACAUGAAAAUUAUGCUUUACAUUUGUACCAAAGUUUUGAAAGAGUAUAUUCUGAGCCAUUUGAUUCUGAAGAGAAAGAAUUGGCUAUCUCAAUAAUAUCAAAUGUACUUGUCACUCUGGUAAAUACAUACUUUAUUACAGAAGAAGAGUUUAAAAGAUGUUUUCAAGGAAUUGUGAACAAUAUAAUCAAUCAGGGGAUUUCACUUCUUGAUCAAAACAGGAUGAAACGUUGCUACAUAUCUGAUAUGUUGAACUCAGUUUAUAUAUUUGAUUCUUGCCUGAAUCAGUUUUCUCUGUCUUGCUUGCAACAACUUUUGUGUUUUCCAUCAGGGGAAAUGAGUUUGGGGCAGGUCGUUCACACUCAUACACAACUCUGGACGGUCAAGACGAUGAGUGAAAUCGUUAAGCAUUUCAUAUUUGAGAUUUUGAGACUGAUGACUGCAGAAAAUGUUCUCCAUGAAUUGAAACUGGCAGGAGCGAAGCCGACGUUAAACUGGAAAUAUUUUCUUAUGAUUGUGUCAAUUUUCAUCGAGGAUUCUCCGGACAACUCAGCUAUGAUUAGAAGAGAAGUAGAAACUUGGCUGCAAUCAGGAUUGGACCAGUCAAGCCGCCACUUUAUCUCCUUAGCGGUGAUUGUGGCUCGUCAUUGUAGUCAUGGGAAAACAAAAAAUUUAAACAAUUAUAUAAAUUGGUAUGGCUCUAUUCAGCUAAAGACGAGCUCAAUGUUCAGGUUCUUUUUAGAUUUUCUGACUGAACUUGUGCCUCAUGAGCCACCUCUCUACCUUAAAAUUCAUACCAAUAAGGUGUUGGUGGCACCGCAAAACUGCCAAGAUCUACUUUCAGAUUAUUUAAGCCUGGCAAAAACACGUCUGUCUGAUUUAAAAGAAUCCACUGAAUAUCUGGGACUUUUCAACGACCUACAUGAAACAGAUCAAAUUGGACUUGACUACGAUGUAGCGAAAGCGAUUUCAAUGUUCAGAGAAAGUGGCGAAAUACCCAAGGCUGUCUUGGAGGCGCAUGUCUUUAGGCGGUCAUACUUUGAAAAGAUGUUCCUCAAGAACCUAUUAAAAAUUGGAGAAAAAGUCGAUUCCGACAGAGCCCAGUUUAUCCACAAGCUUUUCUCCAUGGGAAAGAUCCCAAACACGCUUUAUAAAGCAUGGAAGGAAUUAUAAUCAAGGUGAUUUUUGCAUGCCUUUUGGCCCUUAUGUUCUAUGUCCUCGGGUCCUCGGCAGUACCUGUCAAAGGGAUGAAAGGAAAUCUGCCACCUACUCCUCCUCCACCUCCGCCAGUGAUUGUGUUUUCAAACAAUCCAGAGCCGUCAGUCUUCAAUCCCAACCCUGUUCAUAACCCAAAUGUAGUACAUUUCUCUUAUAAAUUAAACUAAUAAAAAAAUUAUUUAUAUAUUUUUUUAAAACUUAUUGUGUGUUUUAAAUUAAUUUAUUGUAGCCUUGCAAAUAGGAUUUUUAAUACUUUAUGUGCAAAUUAAAUAAUCUCAUUUAUGUAGUUAAAUAGGGUAAAAUGAAAAAUAUUUUGUUUAGAUGUCUGUGCCAUUCAAACCAACUCUAAAGACACCAACACACUUGCAAACAAAUAAUUAGUUUAUGUAUUAAAACUUUACGGUGACUUGCUAAGUGAUGAAUUAUUCAGAAUGGUCAUCUUGGUAGUUAGCUCACCUGGGUUUUUUGGGACAUGACAGACAGAAUGUACAUGUGUGACAUCUCUUACAAACAGAUGCCCCAAAAAAUAAAAUUAAUUAACAUUAAAUUAAUAAUAUAAACUAAAAUAUAUAAAAGAUAAUAAUAAA